AUGUCAGAAACUGAACGUAGUGAGAGAUUAGACGCGCGUAAGAAAAAGGACGUCCUGAGAAAGAAAAAGAGCCCUCCCAUUAAGUCCGCGGAUAAGGGAGUGUUAAAGCUUUCAGAUUCCGGCACUUCCCUCUCUACACAGCAACCGGGAGGGGGAGCCAGCAUAUACCCUGUGAAAGAGCUAGAAGCACUGAACCUCGACAGUUCUGAUAGCUCUGAGAAUGGAAUCUUAGAUUCAGAGGAGGAGGCCGAGUUAGAUGAGGAAGCAGCUAGAUAUGAGGAAGAGAAAUAUCACCCCGAGGAACAAAAGAAAGGUAAUAAAAAGCUUCUGCCGCGGCAGUCGCCAACCGCACCCCCUCCGUAUGAGGCACGCUCUUGCGCAUUCUCUUUAGUCCCCGAUAGGGUGAGAAGGAAGCUGCGCAUGACGUUCCCGGUCUUUGAAACGCAGGAGGGUGAGCGGGUUCAUGCCCCAGUCGAAUAUAACCAAAUAAAAGAGCUGGCGGAGUCUGUCAGAAAGUACGGAGUUACAGCCAAUUUCACCCUAACCAUUCUUGAAAGGCUGGCCCUAAAUUAUUUGACACCCGCCGAUUGGCAGAUGAUUGCAAAAGCGACCUUUGUGAACAUGGGCCAAUAUAUGGAAUGGAAAGCGCUUUGGUAUGAGGCGGCUCAAACACAGGCCAGAGCUAAUGCCACGGCGUUAACGCCUGAGCAGCGAGAAUGGACGUUUGAACUCUUGACAGGACAGGGUCGCUUUGCAGCGGACCAAGCUAAUUACCAUUGGGGCGCUUAUAUUCAAGUCUCCAGCUCGGCCAUUACGGCCUGGAAGGCACUCACUAGGAAAGGCGGGGCCGAUAAUCAACUUACUCGUGUCAUCCAGGGACCUCAGGAACCGUUCUCAGACUUCGUAGCCAGAAUGACAGAAACUGCUGGACGAAUAUUUGGUGAUGCAGAGCAAGCAGCACCGCUCAUAGAACAGCUCGUUUACGAGCAAGCCACCCAGGAAUGCCGGGCGGCUAUAGCACCCAGAAAAAACAAAGGAUUACAGGACUGGCUCAGAGUCUGCAGAGAACUCGGCGGGCCUCUUACUAACGCAGGCUUGGCGGCCGCCAUUCUCCAGUCCCAGCAACGCCCCCUUAAAGGGACAGAUACAAGAUCAUGUUUUCGAUGUGGAAAAAUGGGCCAUUUAAAAAGAGACUGUAGGAUAACCAAGGGAGACAGGAGGCCUGCAACUAUCUGUGCCCGAUGUGGCAAGGGCUACCAUAGGCCUGACCAGUGCCGCUCAGUGAGGGAUAUUAAGGGAAAAUUACUCCCUCCCUUGGAAGCUCAGCCUAAUGAGAUGUCAAAAAACGGAUCGUUGGGCCCCCGGUCCCAGGGCCCUCAAAGAUAUGGGAACCGCUUUCAGAAAGCCAUGACCCUGACAGAGGAGACUCCCCAAGAGGUGACACAAAAUUGGACCUGUGUGCCGCCUCCGACUUCUUUCUAAUGCCCCAGAUGGGCAUUCAGCCAAUUCCUGC